AUGGCACCCACAACCCCUCCUCGGGGCGUAUAUGCUCCCGUUGUUGCUUUUUUCCACGAGGACGAGACUUUAGAUCUCGACGCACUCACGACCCAUGUCACCCGUCUCGCAAAGUCCGGUGUGGCUGGGCUGGUAAUCCAAGGUUCCAAUGGAGAGGCACCUCACUUGCUUCACUCAGAGCGACAACUAGUAAUAUCGACCGCUUUGGAGGCUCUGAAGCAGCAUGGAAAACCCGGGGCUGUUAUCAUUGCUGGCUGCGGUGCCCAGAGUACGCGAGAAACGCUUCAGCUUUGCAGUGAGGCCCUAGAAGCUGGCGCGCACUAUGCUCUGGUUCUAAGUCCUAGUUAUUGGGUUGGUGCAAUGAAGAAAGAUACUAUCACCCAGUUCUUCAAUGAUGUUGCAAGCAAAUCGCCCAUACCUGUUCUCAUCUACAAUUUUCCCGGGGUUACAUCUGGAAUUGAUAUCGAUUCAGAUAUGAUUUCUGAACUUGCAACUGCAAACGUGGGAAAGGUUGUUGGAUGUAAGCUGACAUGUGGCAAUCUUGGAAAACUACACCGCGUAGCCCAUGAUAAAAGAAUCACUGAACCCUUUGCGGUGUUUGCAGGAAAAUCCGAUUUCUUUCUGCAUGGAUUGGUAGCAGGAUCAAACGGUGUCAUCGCAGCCGCGGCUAACCUGGUCCCUAAGAUUCAUGUCAAGCUGUUACAACUCUACGACGAGGGUAGACUCGCAGAGGCACAGGAGCUGCAAACUUAUCUCGGUGAGGCUGACUGGAUAUUGGUGAAAUUAGGAGUUGCUGGCUUGAAAGGGGCUCUCCACAAAUACUAUGAAUAUGGUGGUGGUAGGAGUAGGCGGCCGCUCGGGUCUGUAGGAGCCAGUGCAUUUGAUGGAGAGGCGGGGGAUGCUUUAAAGCGUAUUGUGGAAUACGAAAAGUCUCUGUAG